GAGAACUCAAUUUCGGCAUGUUGUUUCUUUGCCGAAGAGCACGUCGACGUCACUGUCGCUGUUGCCCCGCAUUGCACAGAAUCCUUAGUAUUUAUCAACAACCCACCUAUCCACGCUCUCGUUCCUUCUCGUUCCUUCUCGUUCCUCUUUAUAUUAACGAUUAAUUCUAAGACACGCAUCAUCACUUCAAAACUCAAGUCCUCCAAAUACAAUCGCAAUGCAAGCUCAACAUGGACACAGCGCAGCUUGCUGCAACAUCCCACCUAUUGUAUCCAAGGGAUAUGAAAAUAAGGGAAAAUAUGAGACCAUUGGCGGCUUAAAGACCUAUGUUACCGGUCCAGCCGACGCAACAAAAGCUAUCUUCAUCAUUUACGACAUUUUUGGCUACUAUCCCCAAACCCUACAAGGCGCUGAUAUCCUCGCCAAUGCCGACGAACAUAACAAAUAUCUCGUUUUCAUGCCAGACCUCUUUGAGGGAAACCCAGCUGAUAUUAGCUGGUAUCCACCUGACAAUGAAGAGAAGCAAAAGAAGUUAGGCAAUUUCUUCCAGACGACGGGAGCUCCACCAAAGGCUGCUGGAAGAGUUCCAGACUUAGUCAAGGCUAUGGCUGAGAAAUAUUCUUCGAUUGAGAAAUGGGCUGUCCUUGGGUUCUGCUGGGGCGGUAAAAUUGUUUCCCUUACCACCUCUGCUUCCUCGAACCCUUUCGUGGUAGCUGCUGAGUGUCACCCCGCUAUGGUUGAUUCCAAGGACGCCAGUAAUAUCAAGAUUCCUACUAUUCUGCUAGCAUCGAAAGAUGAAGAUGCGGAGGAGGUGAAGAAGUUUGAGGCAAAUCUUACUGGGGAGAAACAUGUUGAGACUUUCAAGGAUCAAAUUCAUGGAUGGAUGGCUGCACGAUCGGAUCUUGAAGACGAGAGAGUUAAGAGCGAGUAUGAGAGAGGAUAUAAGACGCUCAUUGAGUUCUUCGGAAAACAUCUCAAGUAGGAGCUUUCUUCUUGUCUUUUGGGAUAUUAAUCCGUCAAGAAAGUUUGCUAAGGUCUGUAGGGCCAAUAAUACUGGCGGAGCAAGACUUUAAUAGGAAUUGGUUGAAUAUACAUUCAUAACGCA